AUGCGGCCCAGGGCCGAGGAGCUCGUCUGCAGAGUCGUGUACGACGAGAUGGAUCAAGUCAAGCGCAACAUGACAUUGAAUGUGCGCGACAUCACAGACAAACACCUCAGUCACUGGACCUUCAGCACAUCCGUUCAAAAUCCUAUUGCUGAGGCGGCGCCGACACUCUGUCGAAUUCUCACAUCGGCAGCACAGACAUCCGAAGCUCAAAAGAACAACACCAAGAAACGACCCGAGGUUCUCGUUGCUAUCAUUGUCGCACAGCUGGCCAAUCACAGGUCCCGGUUCUGUAUCUCAUUUGCCGGAGGAUUCUCUCUCAUGGCCUACUUCACCGGAUGCUCGGAACUUGCAAUAAACCUCCUCAAUAAAUGUGGUCUCUCAAUCUCAUAUGAUUCUAUGAUGACAAUCUUCCCCGCUCUUGCGGACUCCCGGAUCGAACUGGCACGACAGGUAGCUCAUUCGUCAGACGGAUAUUCCCUUGGCUAUGAUAACACAAAUGUCAAGACGUCUAUCCAUGUGGAGCAGCGACAGGAUGCACCGGCCAAAGUUCAGUCCGGCACGGCUGCGUGCAUCUAUACACUCCAUAAUGUUCACGAUAGCGUCGCCCUGCAACUCAAGCCUAUCUUAGCAAACUGGCGACGUAUUACAAGUCUUCCUCGGGCACUGUCUUUUAAGCAGGAUAUCCGACCGACUCCCGAACAAAUCCAAGCUUUUGAUUCACAGUCUCUUGCUCAUAUUCUUCAUGUUCUGACGACUCAUGUGGACGCAUUCAAGGAUUUCCAAGACCAUCCCUUACUCGCAUAUCAACCACGUCGUAGGUUGUCCAAAACACGGCGACAACAAGCCUAUCCACUGCGGACAACUACAAUAGAAGAGGCUAGUAUCGCUGGCAACAUCCAGGUCCAUGAUAAUGUUCACCUUGAACAGCUUAAUAUGACUCCCUGUCUUCAACUCGGUAUCGGACUCUUCCACCUUCUCCUUAAUCUUCUCUGGUGUGUCCUUGGUAUUCAUCGUGGUAAAGACGACGAACUAGGUUCUCUCAGCUGGUUCUUCCUACUGAUGUCCCGUACACGACUCGGUGCCCAGCAUCCAGACUUUCAUCUCCUCAAGGCAACACUGAUGCAAAUAUUUGACGGGCUCAUUCUUCACUUCUGGCUCGUUGAGUCUGGCUGCUCGGAUUUUGCUUCUUUUGCAUCCACAAAGUCUACCGCAGAGGACCUGGUAGUAAUCGCACGUCAUAUUCAACGCAAGUACACAGCCAUGGGAAGCUCAAGCAAUGACGAGACCAGAGAUUCGGCUCGGGAGAACAUCAAGCGACUACUUCGUGAUCUGAUGUAUGUUCGCGAAGUUGACUAUGCAAUCCGUGAUGGCGAUUGGGGCCGGAUCGAAGACAUUCUUGGUCCACUCUGUAUGAUUUUCCGUGCAGGAGGCUCCAACAGUUAUUCGACGGAGAUUAUGCACCUCAUUCUGCAGCUCAAAUACAUCUGGCCAGCAAAUUUCGCGUAA